AUGCCUAUCAGCAAGAAAGACAGAAUAGCCCGCAAACACAAGGCCGACGACCUGGCUGGCAAGAGAGCGCCCGUCAAGGCCAACGGUUUGCCCGUCAAGGCGCCCAAGCCGACCUCCAUCUGCCAGAACUGCAGAAAGGAGAUCAUCAACACGAACAAGAUCCAGCUCGAGGUCCACGCCCAGACGCACAACGAGAAGCUCUGGCCCAAGGAGAAGUGCUGGCCCAACGACUUCCAAUGA